UCUCAGCACGCACAGAUGUCAACUCGAAUCAAUCGAUGGCUGAUUCCAUUUGGCAGGGAUUACGCAUCAUGUGGCAACUGCCGGAUCUGCUAGUCUUCUGUUGUCUGUGGGGCAGCGGUUUCUCCUUUGGCUAUUACCUGAAAUCGGCUUUUGUCUACGACAAUCUCUGGCCACAUUGGUAUGCCUUGGUGGGUGCAUUGGUGGCCUUGAUCCUGGCCUUGGGUUGGACUCUACGUAAGCGUGGCAAGCAGCGAUAUAGCUAUGAUCAUUUCUAUAUCAUCUUUUAUGGAUUAUUGUGUUCCUUACUUGGCAGCUGCUUUAUGCUCACUAAACAGUUGGCUGUUAGCUAUUAUUUCAGCUUCGUUGGCUUGAGCGUCGUCUUUGUGUCGAGCUUCAGUUAUGUGAGUCUUCGGAGUGAAGCCUCUGGACUUCGUCCUGCCCGAAUUGCCUUGGGGAAUGCCUGUCAUGCGUGUGGUUUAACCUGUGGCUUUGUGCUCUUCAACGAGUUUGAGCCACAGCGUUGUGGACUGAUUGCGCUGGGAGUGAACUUAUUGCUGCUACUGUUUGUCUGCCUCAAUGAGUUGCUGCAACAUUUGGGCAUACACAACUACAAACAGUCCAGGGAUCUGGUUUUCAAUCUGCUCAACGAGGAGCGUUUGGUUUUCCUGCCUCGUCAUGCGAUUCUCGUUCAAUUCGUGGAUCGUUUGGAUUAUAAAUUGCUGGCGAGUCGACAGUGGUUAAUUCUUUUAUCAGGUGGCAUUGUGGUGCUUCUACAACGUUGCUGUCUUCUGCAUUCUCCGGCUCAUCUGCAACUCAUGUGGAGUGCAACUUUGGGAUUUGUGGAACGUGCUCAGCUCUACACUCCAUUUGCUCUCUAUACCUCGGGUUGUGUUUUGAGUGCCUUGAUUCUACUCAGAUAUACUCCCAAACUGGUUUAUCUGCUUUUUGGUGUCAUACAAAUUACAUUGGUGAUUGCAUUACUUUGUAUUUAUGAUGAGGAACAUCCAGAGCAUUGUUUUCUCUUUCUCUGUCUCAUCUAUGCCAGUGCGGGAGUUCUCUCCUCUCAGCUGAUUCACUGGCUACUCGAGUGCUCUCCCUUUCUCUAUGCCGAACUCUCACUUGCUGUGGGAUUUUCUCUGCAGUUAUUUAUAAUGGAAGCCUGCAAAUAUGAGUUGAAUCUGGACUUUAUUUGGUCUACACUUUUGGCCAGCAGCUUAACCAAUUUAUUUAUCACUUUGUUGGCUAUAAUUUUGGUUCUUUUUCUACAGCCUCGAUCGGCCAGUCUCGUGGAUGUUCGGAAUCGUCUGCUCGGCAUUCGUCGCCUCAAUCUUCCAGCUGCCCAGACUCAAUUCUGGCACACAAAUCAUUUUCUUGCUCACAAUAAACAACCACAUGAAUUACAAUCCGUUCAAUUGGACAAAUCACGCAUUUUCCAACAGUUUCCAAUUAGCGAUUCGAAUGCCAAAGCGGACAAGUUCUAAGAACAGAGCAAUCUUCGAGACCCCGCUCUCAUUUCUCAUCAUUUUUAUCAUCAUCAUCAGUUCGAAUUUGCCUCUUUAUCUUAUCAAUUUAUCAGCGAUACAUUGUCAACUUUUCGACUGUCAAACGAGGCGCAUAUUAAACAAACACUUACCUAUUUUUCAAUUCAAGUACAAGUUUAAUGAAAAUCAUUGCUCAACUAAA